ACAAAUUAGCAUAUGAUAGAAUAAUCGAUUUGCCAAAAUUCAGGCAGACGCAGCGUAAAUAGUAAAUAAUAUACCUAAACAUUUUACAAGGCAAACUCCAAUUAUCUUCCAACCUUGAAAACUCUUUUCAAGCAAUGAAGAAAUGAUUCGGACUCUGCAACUAAGUACGCGUUUGUUACGCCAACAACUAUCAUCCAGACCUGCUCUGAUCUCGGCGAAUUUCGCGACAACUUUAAGAGGGCACGGUGAAUCAACUCCAAAGUAUACAAUGGAUCAAGUGAAAAGUGAAAUAAUACUGCAUUUGGGUCUAGAAAGAGGCUAUCAUCCUAUACCAAAAAGUCGGGAACAUUUGUUAAAGUUUACUCCGAAACCAGAAGAUUUACCCGCACGUUCUAUGCAAGAUUCUUACACAUCGGCAUUGCUUCCACUUAGCACUGAUUUGCAACUUCAAGACAACUACGUCUCACAUUUGGGAAACGUGCGCAUGGGCCGUCUAAUGGAGGAUUUGGAUGCAUUUGCAGUAUGGGUUUGCCAUCAACAUGUGAAUGUGCCCAACCUUCCCGAAAAUGUUAAUUUGCCAUAUACUUUCGUAACCAUAUUGGUUGAUAAAAUCACUUUUAGUGACUUGGUUACUAAUGUUAAGGAAGAUAUACGAAUUUCCGGUCAUGUCUCUUGGGUAGGUCGAAGUUCAAUGGAAAUUGUGGUUUGGCUGGAACAAAAGUAUCAAGGUGUGUAUAAAAAAAUUACACGCGCAUUAUUUCUUAUGGCUGCACGCAACGCUACCAAUACUGGCGCUGCUCCGGUCAAUCCCAUCGUACCAGCUACGGAGGAAGAGAAACUAAUACUUUCUGGUGGCGAGGCGCGUAAGAAGCGAAGACAGUUAAUUCAAGCUCAGUCUAUUUUUAAAGUAGAACCUAACGAUUUCGAACAAAGCUUAAUGUAUGAUAUAUAUAAGAAAACAACGCCCACCAACACAAUGGAACUGAACAAACGUUUGCUCCCACCUCAUGCUCGUUGGAUGUCAGAGUGGAGUACAGUAACAACAAUACCAUCGUUCCCCGACAAUCGCAAUGCUCACAAUACCGUCUUUGGAGGAUUUUUGAUGCGUUUAGCUUUAGAGAACAGCUGGACGUCUGCUUUUUUAUACUGCGGUAAACGACCAAAAUUAACUCAUAUUUGUGAUAUUAGCUUUGAAAAGCCAGUCCCAGUUUCGUCUUUUAUAAAACUGACCUCUUACGUUGUAUAUACGGAAUUGAAUUAUGUGCAAAUAAUGACAGUUGCCGAUGUUUUGGACACUACUGGGGGUCAAGUUACUACUAAUUUAUUUUAUAGCACUUAUAAAGCAAAUGAGCAUGUACAUCAGAUAUUGCCAAGAUCCUACCAUGAGACUAUGUGGUAUAUCCAAGGAAGGCGCAAGUUUAAAUAUGCACUCGACUUGGAGUAGACCGCAUGUCCGCAGCCGACAAAAUCUCUUUAAUGAUGAUAUUAUUUAAAAAUUCAUUAAUUUGUUUUUUGAAAUUUGAAGCUAGCUUUACAAAUAGUAGCUUUUAUCGUAAGUAAAAAGUAUAUGUUCAUAUAUACAUACACAAACAUAUGUAUGUAUAUUGCUGCCGUAUAUUGAUUGGCUUACUUUAGAUAGACCCUAUUAUUUUUACUCAUUUAUGUCGGGUAUUUUUCAUGUAAAAUAAAGGGAAAAGAUAUUGAAAUUAU